AAAACGCAAAGGGAAGUACUCGUUGAUCAUUUACAAAUUCAACGCUACUUUGUGCACACUUGUUUAGCGAUAUACCACUGCGAUUACACUUUUAUUGUUCAAUUUCAAAGUUCCAUACAAAUAUAUUUUAUUUUAAUUCACUUCUUGUAUUCAUUACUUAUCAUCAAACAAGAUGCCUGAAGACGUAACUAUGUCUCAAGCUGAAGAUGUGGAAACUUUUGCUUUCCAAGCUGAGAUUGCUCAGCUUAUGUCUUUGAUCAUCAAUACCUUUUAUUCAAACAAAGAAAUCUUUUUGCGAGAAUUGGUAUCCAAUUCAUCUGAUGCUCUAGACAAAAUCCGUUAUGAGUCUUUGACUGACCCCUCCAAAUUGGAAUCUGGCAAAGAUUUGCAUAUCAAAAUUAUUCCUAACCAAGAAGAUAGAACUUUAACUAUCAUUGAUACUGGUAUUGGUAUGACAAAAGCUGAUCUUGUCAACAAUUUGGGAACAAUUGCUAAAUCAGGAACCAAAGCAUUCAUGGAAGCACUUCAAGCUGGAGCUGAUAUUUCUAUGAUUGGUCAAUUUGGUGUUGGUUUCUAUUCUGCAUACUUGGUUGCUGACAAAGUCACUGUUGUUUCCAAACACAAUGAUGAUGAGCAAUAUUUGUGGGAAUCUGCUGCUGGUGGUUCAUUCACUAUUCGUCCUGAUCCAGGUGAACCACUUGGCCGUGGUACCAAAAUUGUCCUUCACAUUAAAGAAGACCAAACUGAAUUCCUUCAACAAGAAAAGAUUACUGGUAUUGUUAAGAAGCACUCACAAUUUAUUGGAUAUCCAAUUAAAUUGAUUGUCGAAAAUGAACGUACCAAAGAAGUAAGCGAUGAUGAAGCUGAAGAAGAAAAGAAAGAAGAAGGAGAAGGUGGUGAAGGUGAAGAAGAUAAGAAACCUAAAAUUGAAGAUGUUGGUGAAGAUGAAGACGAAGAUAAAAAAGAUGAAGACAAAGAUAAGAAAAAGAAGAAAACCAUUAAAGAAAAGUAUUUGGAUGAAGAAGUGUUGAAUAAAACAAAACCCAUCUGGACCCGAAACCCAGAUGAUAUUAGCCAAGAUGAAUAUGGUGAAUUCUACAAAUCUCUGACCAAUGACUGGGAAGAUCAUUUAGCUGUUAAACACUUCUCAGUUGAAGGUCAACUUGAAUUCAGAGCCUUGUUAUUUAUCCCAAAACGUGCACCUUAUGAUAUGUUUGAAAAUAAGAAAAAGAAGAACAAUAUCAAGUUAUAUGUACGACGUGUGUUCAUCAUGGAUAACUGUGAAGAUCUCAUGCCUGAAUAUUUGAACUUUAUCAAGGGAGUUGUUGACAGUGAAGAUCUUCCAUUAAAUAUUUCUCGUGAAAUGCUCCAACAAAACAAAAUUCUCAAGGUGAUUCGUAAGAAUUUGGUUAAGAAAUGUUUAGAAUUGUUUGAAGAACUAGCCGAAGACAAAGAUAACUACAAGAAGUUGUAUGAACAAUUCAGCAAGAACUUGAAACUUGGAAUACACGAAGACAGUCAAAACAGAAAGAAACUCUCAGAUUUAUUGAGAUUCCACACAUCUGCUAGUGGUGAUGAAGCAUGUUCUUUGAAGGAUUAUGUUGCUCGUAUGAAGGAAAAUCAAACUCACAUUUACUACAUCACAGGUGAAAGCCGUGAACAAGUUUCCAACUCAUCCUUUGUAGAAAGAGUCAAGAAGCGUGGAUUUGAAGUAAUUUACAUGACUGAACCAAUCGAUGAAUAUGUUGUUCAACAAAUGAAAGAGUAUGAUGGUAAGAACUUGGUAUCAGUCACUAAGGAAGGAUUAGACUUACCUGAGACUGAUGAAGAGAAGAAGAAGCGCGAAGAAGACCAAACUAAAUUCGAAAAAUUAUGCAAAGUUGUUAAAGAUAUUUUGGACAAGAAAGUUGAAAAAGUUGUUAUUAGUAACAGAUUAGUUGAAUCUCCUUGUUGUAUUGUCACUUCUCAAUAUGGUUGGACUGCUAACAUGGAGCGUAUUAUGAAAGCCCAAGCACUAAGAGAUUCAUCUACCAUGGGUUACAUGUCAGCUAAAAAACAUCUUGAAGUCAACCCAGAUCACCCUAUUAUUGAAACGCUUAGACAAAAAGCUGAAGCUGAUUCCAAUGACAAAGCUGUCAGAGAUUUGGUGAUGUUGUUGUUCGAAACUAGUUUGUUGUCAUCUGGUUUUGGACUUGAAGAUCCACAAGUUCAUGCUUCUAGAAUCCACAGAAUGAUCAAAUUAGGAUUGGGAAUUGAUGAAGAUUUACCAUUAGUUGAAGAAAAGAUUGCUGAAGUUGACACGACACCAGCUGUAGAUGUUGAUACUGAAGAUUCAUCACGUAUGGAAGAAGUUGAUUAGAUUUUUACCAAGUGAAUUUAUUAUGAAAAUACAUUUUCCUAUAUUUUUAUUGUUAUUAUUUUGAGACUGAUUUGUCUAACUUUCUCUUUUUUUUUUUUUUUUACUUCUAAUAUGUUCCAAUAAAUACGCACUAAGCAUUUUAUAGUUUAUGUAUAGCAAUGUAUUCAGAUCAAACCUUUUAAAUGCGUAUGUAUGUUAACUUUGAAGUAACUUAUU